GGAAAACAUAAGUCUUCUCUUUGCCCUCUCUUUCAACUUCAUUAAACCGCAAAAUAUUUUAAAACUCCACCUUCACUUACUCUAAAACUCCACUUCUUCCCCCACCGCCUCCCUUCCAUUCCUCUGCACACAAGUUUCUCUCUGUCUCUUCGAAUCGUAGCAGCAGCAGAGCUGACCCUUUUCAUUCCUCUUUCGAACCCACAUUCAAUAUUUAAGUAUAAUAGCUUUUUUCAUUUUCGUUUUCUUGUGUUUUUGGGUGCGAAAUGAACCGGCGGAUGUGAUGGGGGCAGGGUUUUCGCAGAUUUUCCCGUGUUUCAACCCGUCGGCCGGCGGGAACAGGGGCGAAGAUGUUGUCAUUUUUUCAGCUACUGAACCGCUUGACGAAACCCUAGGCCAUUCCUUCUGUUACGUCCGGUCCUCUGCUCGCUUUGUUUCCCCUACUCACUCUGAUCGAUUUGUUUCCCCCUCCCAGUCCCUGCGCUUUGACGAUCCGGCUCAACCGCAAAGACCCAAACCACCCGGAUUGCCAGAAACCGGUUUCCGAGCUAUUUCAGGUGCCUCUGUUAGUGCAAAUACUUCUACUCCCAGAACUGUCGUUGACGAUAUUUACGACGACGCCAUCGAGAUUAACCAUAACAGCAACGCUCCUGGUUAUUAUGCUGGAACCAGGGGUAGUGUUGUGAAUGGGUUUGAGAGCACGUCGUCCUUUAGCGCCUUGCCUUUGCAGCCGGUACCUCGUGACCUCAAAGGUGAGCCACCUUCUGGACCGCUGGAGCGGGCGUUCUUCAUGUCAGGCCCAAUCGAGCGCGGGGCCUUGUCAGGACCGCUGGAUGGCGCUGGCGGAGGCAUCGGACCUGACAGCAACGGGGUGCCAUUUUCAGCACCGUUGGGAAAUGUGUGCGUAAAAGAGCGGAAGAAGGGCAUUUUUAGAAUUCGCAAAGCAUUUUACCGAAACUUCUCUGAGAGGAAGCGCCCUUGGGUGGUGCCAGUACGAUAUUUAGUUGGUGGAGGCAGAAAGGAUAUCCCACUAUCUGGAGAGAGUGGCAGAAGGACGGAGAUGGUGAAUGACAGCAAUGUUCAUUGGGCCUUGGGUAAGGCAGGGGAGGAUCGAGUACAUGUUGUAGUAUCAGAAGAGCAUGGAUGGCUUUUUGUCGGAAUUUAUGAUGGAUUUAAUGGCCCUGAUGCCCCCGAGUUUCUCAUGAGCAAUUUGUACAAAGCCUUGCACAAUGAACUAGAGGGUUUGUUUUGGGACACCGAGGAAGCAGUUGUAGCUUCAGAAAAUGCCGUUAUUGCAGAUAAUUCCAACUUAUCUUCACAAAACCAAGAAAAUGAAGAGGCUAAAGAAGGGGAGGCUGCUGAAAAUGAAACAAAAUCUGUAAAAAAAGUUUCAUUUCAAGAGGAACAAAUUGAGGUUAGGAGGAGAAGAUUAUGGGAAUUUUUAGAGGACGAUGAUCCAGAAGAGGGGCUUGAUUUAUCAGGUUCUGAUAGAUUCGCAUUUUCAGUUGACGAUGCUUUGAACCUUAAUGUUGCAGGUUCAGCUGUGAGUAGGAGGUCUUUAUUGUUAUCAAAACUAAAACAUGGUUUGUUGAGUAAGCACAAGGAUGGUAGGAGAUUUUUCCCUUGGAGAUUUUGGUUUGAGGGGAAAGAGAGAGUGGUAGGUGAAAUGGGGGAGAGUAAUAGAGUAGUGGAGAGGGAGGGUGGGAAGAGGAUUAGUAGAGAUGGGAGGAAGCCGAAAGUGGGUCCUGUUAAUCAUGAGUUGGUUCUGAGGGCAAUGUCUAGGGCACUCGAGGUUACAGAAAAUGCUUAUUUGGAUAUGACAGAUAAGGUUCUCGACCAGUAUCCCGAACUUGCGCUGAUGGGUUCUUGCUUGUUGGUUGUGUUAAUGAGGGAUGAAGAUGUCUAUGUGAUGAACGUUGGGGAUAGUCGGGCUAUUGUUGCACAGCACCAACUUGAAGAGGUUAGUUCUGGUGAAGAAUCGAAGGUUGUCAGGGAUGAUGGGUUGAAUGCCGAGUGUAUAGUUGAAGAACUUGCUGAUGUUCUUGAGAGGGAAAAUAAGAAGAAUGAAGAUCAGGUUCACAAAGCUAUGAGGUUGUCUGCAUUGCAGUUGUCCACUGACCAUAGCACCAGCAUUGAAGAAGAAGUUCUUAGAAUAAAAAAUGAACAUCCAGAUGACAGCAAUUGUAUCGUCAAUGAUAGAGUUAAGGGUCGUCUUAAAGUUACUCGUGCAUUUGGGGCUGGCUUCCUCAAACAGCCUAAAUGGAAUGAUGCCUUGUUGGGAAUGUUUCGGAAUGAGUAUAUUGGUACUGCGGCUUACAUAUCUUGUUCUCCUUCUCUUUGCCACCAUAAGCUGUGUCCCAUGGAUCAAUUUUUGGUGCUUUCAUCUGAUGGUUUGUAUCAGUAUUUUAGCAAUCAAGAGGUUGUUAGCCGUGUCGCGAAUCUUAUGGAAAAGUUUCCCGAUGGUGACCCGGCUCAACACCUGAUAGAGGAGCUUCUCUUCCGUGCAGCCAAAAAAGCUGGAAUGGAUUUUCAUGAGCUGCUGGACAUUCCACAAGGAGACCACCGCAGGAAGUACCAUGAUGAUGUUACGGUUAUGGUUGUAUCUCUCGAGGGAAGAAUCUGGAAGUCGUCCGGAAAAUACAUAUGACAACUCAUUGCGGGCAACAUCUCGAUGCACAGACAGCUGGAUUCUUGUUUCGAUCCCCACCUAAAGUAGGCGCAAGCAGCUUAGAGACUCGAAGAGAUACCCGCUUUCAUGGGUUCAUAGACUUUCAUAUCAAACAAAGCAUGCUGCAGUUGUAGGGAAGAAAUCCUACAUUACAAGGGGCAAGGACUCAGAUAUAAUGCUCAAGCAACUGCGGAAAAAUGUUUUCAGGAAUAGAAAAAUUUUGUAGUUGGGAGUGGUAAAAAUGGUAUCUUCUCUUUGCAGAUAUGAGGGUCUUUUAAUUCAUUUGUUCUUCAUUCUGCUUUUGAUUUUAGAACUAGAAAGUAUGGUUGGGGGGGUUCAGUUACAGAGCUUGACAUCUGGCUUUGUCGAAGGUGAGAGAAUCCACAAUGUAAUUUUGAAGGUGGAUUUCCACCCAUUCGGUUUAUAAAGAAACUAUUCAAUUGAAAA